AUGUAAUAAGAAAUUUAUAAAGAUAGAUCAACAGCAAAUGAAAAUACUUAAUAAAACAAAGCUGCUGAAACAUUAUAAUCUCUGAUACAAUAUGUUAAUGAUCUAACAGAAAUUGUUAAUGAGGUUAAACUCAAAAAUUAGGCAGAGUUUAUUAUUGCCUAUUAAAGUCAUAUGAAGAAAAUUAAGGCUGAAUUGUAAGAAUUAAAAAACAAAACAGAAGAAUAAAAAAAUAAUAUGGUAUUAAAUAAAGUUAAAAUUACCUCAAAUGACAAUGAAUUAGUAUAUUUAUAUAUUUAUUUUAGACUCUAUUUAGACAAGAAUGUCUUAAAUUAUAUGAAAAAAUAGAGUAAAAAAAUAAAGAAAAUUAAGAACUUAAAUUUUCAUUACAGGAAUCCCAAAAAACAAAUGAAUUUCUUGAAUAAUAAAUUAAAGGUUUAAUGAAAAAACUUAAAUUGUAAGAAAUAGAAAAAUAACAAUAACCACCAACUUCAGUAGAAUAAAUCUUUUGUACAACUGCUCCUAUUAAUCAAUUAAGUAAUUCUUUUAAUUAUUUAAAGAGUUUCCUAAAAGAAAAUUAACAGACUAUUAAUCAAAAUUAGAUAUAUCAUCAUCUUUAUCAAAACAUCAUUAUUCUUCAAUUAAAGAAUUAUUUGGUUAUUAAGAUAAUCAAAAUUAAAAAGAUGAUGAAUUAAUUGAAAAGAUUUCUAAGUAUUUUAUUAUAAAAUAUUAUAAGAUAUGUUACUUAAAUAGAACAGAAAUACUAAAAAUAAAUAUAAACAUUGAAUUAAAAAGCUAAUAAUUUAUUAAUCUCUCAAAAUAAGAAAAGUGUUAUUAGAAGUGAUCUUGAAUCCUUCUUUUUAGAUUGUGUAGAAACAGUCAGAAGAGAUAUUUUAAAGAAAAAAAGACCUUUUGGAAAUAAUUAAUAGUUAUAGACUUCAAUAGAGAAUAUUGCAGAUUUUUCUUAAUUUCAUAAGGAAGAUAAAUUAAAAAUAUUGGAACUUGUAGUUAGUAAUGAAAAAAUCUUAGUUUUCUUAUAUUAAAAAUUAUUUCCGAAUCAUGUUAAUUUAGUCAUAAAAUCAAUAAGAGAAGACAUUAACAUAAAUAACUUUUUAGAUCAAAGUCUUAAAUAUAAUUCAUCAAAUAAUAAUCAUAAAUCUGGUGAUUAUAAAACAGAUUUUCCAAAAACAACUAGAGAAGUUCGUUCAGCUUCAUUGAAUAAAUAAUUAGAAGUUAAAAAAGGGAAGUUAUUAUUUAAAUAAUAUUGA